GGUGUGGAAACGACACCCCCCCCCCCCGCCUCACCGCCGCUAAAAACAUAUAAAGAACAGGAAGAAGAUCACAUGUUAUAAUAAUCCCCUUUGCAGCCAGACAGGACCAGAGGGCAGAGCUGGCCAGUUAGGACGGAGAGAUGUGCUAGCAGCUGAAGGGAGACAGAGAGAAAACUUGAAGAUAACUAAAUAGCACAACGAGGGGGCGAAACCCCUGUCCAGAUAGCAAAAGGGAGGAUCUCUCGCCCCCCUUUUUUCUGCAAGGCAUAUGGAAGGGAGAAAUAGUUCCUCCAACCCCCUCCCGAACCCCCAGCUCCCCUAAACCAAAUGCUACCCCCUCCCCACCAGGAACCUAAUCUGUCAUAAUUUCCAGGAACAAAUCAAGUCCCAGGAGGCAGAGAAGAACAGUAAAAGGGGGCAAUCGAUUCUGUGUGCAUUGACACCAGCGGUGACUUCAUUAUUACCCUUUGACGACCAGUUUGUGAAGCUAGCCCCUUGGUGGAAAAGUGAGAGCAGGGACAGUAAGGGGGUGAGAGAGAGACGAGUAAUUGUCCGAUCAUCUCUCAGAAAGAAAAGCAAACUUGGUUCUUCUUAUGACCCUCUGCCUCAGGGAGCAAAAGGGAAGAGCGCACUGUCUAGGACAAAAUUCAUAACAAAGCAAGGUUUUAACGGUGCAUGGCCCCUAAUUGCACCCCCAUUAGCAGCAGAGGGAGGGGGCGUAGGGAGGGGAUAAGGGGGGCGGGGGACCCAAGAAGCAAGGACCGCAAAUGAAAGUGAAAGAUUAAAAUAGCAAGUAAAAUAACUGCAUAUUAUCAGAUCUGACCGGAGACCUGAGCUUUGCUUUGCUUCCUCAGUGAUGGUUUGUCUCCGGGCUGUGUCAGAGAUGUGAAUUUCACCUACUUUCUGGAUGCAAAGGGCUAACAUCUACCCAUUCCUUUAUUUAUUUGGAAGCAAUGUGGGUCAUACACACAGAAGCCAUCUGAGACCUGGAAAGCUGUCUGUAUUUAAAAUAAAACAAGAAGAAUGAGACACCAGCCAGGAUCCCUGCCCUGAGAAGAAGGUGAAGAAAGAAAGAAAGAAAGAAAGAAAGAAAGAAAGAAAGAAAGAACAUGCAGACACCAAACCUGUAGAUUUAUGACAUUCUUUUUGCUCCACUAAGGACAGAUAUUUUCCCCCCUUACAGACAUGCAGCAGAAAGGCAUCAUGCUGAUUGUGUUCUUGGAGUACAUUGUUUCUGGUCAUGGUGAGGCAGAUCCAGUAAAGCUACGAACCUUCCGCUGUGACGGCCACUCCUGCAAUCCUCCUGUAGGGAAUCUAGCAACAGGCAGGACUCCAGUCUCUCUUACCACAUGUGGGCAGAACAGCACAGAACUUUAUUGCUUCUACCCAGACCAGCACCUCCUUCAUUGGGUCUCCCAAGGCUGUGGGCAGCCCCGCUGCACUAAAUGCAAUGCCAAUCAGCCUGAUAACUCCCACCUUCCCUCUGAUAUGACAGAUGAUUUCUUCCUAAAUCCUGGUUCCUGGUGGCAGUCUGCACAAGGGGUACACAGGGAAGAAAUCAGGCUGGACUUGGAAACAGCGUUCUACUUGACUCACGUCAUAGUAGUGUUCAAGUCACCACGCCCAGGUGCUAUGGUACUGGAGAGGUCUCAGGACAAUGGCCAGACGUGGAGGCCCUACAAAUAUUUUUCCGUCAACUGUACAGCAACGUUUGGGCUUCAAGAUGAUCUUAUUGAAGAGGGCUCUCUGUGCACUUCGAGGUAUUCAGACGCAGUGCCUUGCACUAGAGGGGAGGUGAUCUAUCGUGCCUUAACUCCAACCAACAAGAUCGAAAACCCAUAUGGUCCUGAGGCCCAAGACCUCCUGAAACUCACCAACCUGCGCCUCCUUUUAUUAAAAAGACAGGAGUGUCCCUGCCAAGGCUUGGGAUUGCUGGAGAAACCCCAGAGGUUUGCCCACUAUGCUAUCUAUGAUCUGAUUGUCCGGGGAAGUUGCUUCUGUAAUGGUCAUGCAGAAGAAUGCCAGCUUGCCAAUGGGACAGGGAACACAGAGAACGUGGUCCAUGGGAAGUGUGUGUGCAGACACAACACAGCAGGGAACCACUGUGAAAGGUGUGAACCAUUAUACAAUGACCAGCCUUGGAAGCCAGGAGAUGGAAAAACUGGGGCACCAAAUGAAUGCAGAAAGUGCCGCUGUCACAACCAUGCUGAUAGCUGCCACUUCAACCUGAGUGUUUGGCUGGCAUCUGGGAAACACAGCGGUGGAGUAUGUGACAACUGCAAACACAACACGGAGGGACAUCGAUGUCAAAGGUGCAAACCAGGAUUUUACAGAGAUAGGGGAAAACCUAUGUCUUCCCCAGAGGUCUGCAAACCUUGCUCCUGUCAGCCUAUGGGAUCGGCCAAUGCAACCUUCAGCAGAAGCUGGCGGUGCCACCCAAAGACGGGGUUCUGUUACUGCAAGCCAGGCGUGACAGGCCCGAACUGUGACAGAUGCCUUAUGGGAUACUGGGGCCUUGGAGAAAAUGGCUGUCGUCCUUGUGACUGUGCCAGAGACUGCGACCCGCACACUGGAAACUGUUUCAAUGGUUAUGACAAUGAGCCAUUUUUCAACAUCCCCAUGGGUGGGCGAAUCCCUGACCUCCUACAAACGCCAGCCAAUGAAAGCGAUGAGUGGAAAUGGAAUGAUCAUGAGCAGGGAUUUUCUGCUUUGAGACAUCCAGAAAAGUGUGUGUGCAAAGAGAAAGUGCUCGGAAGUGUCACUGAUUUCUGCCAGAUGAAAUAUGCAUAUGUGAUAAAAGCAAGAAUCCUAUCGGCUCAUGACAAAGGAACCCAUGCGGAAGUUGUAGUGAAGGUAAAGAAGGUCCUGAAAUCAGGCAAAGUGAAAAUUGCCCGGAGUAACAGAAGUAUCUAUCCGGAGUCCUGGACCAACAGGGGAUGUACAUGUCCCAUUCUCAAUCCUGGAACAGACUACCUGAUAGCAGGUCAGGAGGACUCAAGGACCAGCAAACUCCUCGUGAAUAUGAACAGUCUGGUGAAACCCUGGAAGGCGUAUUUGGGAAAACAAGUAGCAGACAUUCUUCGAACUGGAUGCAAAUAAUUUCUUCUUCAGAAGUUAAAGUCAUGAACUUUAUACUUUAAUAACACUGUGGAGAAAGGUGUAGCUAGUUCAUAUAUUACCAUGCAACACGUUCCUAGCUAAGGGAACAAGAGUGGACUUACCCUCCUGUCCCACAUUAUGUGUUUAAACCAGGAAUCCUUGGACAUGACUUUUCUUCCAUAAAUGCACACUGUCUUAUAUGAAAUUAACCAACACAUCACAUGUAGGUUACAAAUCACAGUUCUUAGCUUGAAGCCAUUUUCACAGCUCCCAGAAAUUCACUGUCAUGGGAGAAGCAGAAGCUAUGGUUUAUGUGUUUCCACUCUUCAGGAAUUAAUCUGGUAUCGAUACCCAUAAACCACUUGCAUAGUGCAUUCAUUACUCAGAUGUCAUUUUCUUUAUUAAAGUGGCCAUUAAUGGGCCAAAAAAAUUCAGCUUUGCAGGUGGCAAAAUAUUAAACAGUCAGCAUGUCAAAUGACACUUGAUUUGUUUGAAAAGAGCUAUUUUUAUUUAUCAAGCAAACUGCAGUUAGAUCAAUAUAAGACAUGCUGCUUUCUAGAGUGAAAAUAUCACAUUGCUGCACAGAGACUAACACUGGAACUUUAUCUGGUGAGGGCCUCUAUAGAUGGGAGUUGUCAGUCAAUGCCUAAUGCAAAAUCACUGCUGACUCAUCUGUUCUAUCAAAGGUCUUCUCUUUGCUGUUGUAACACUGCUAUUAGUACUGUCACACAACAGGUUUCAGAUUGACUGCUGCUAAAGGGUCUUGUGCCAGUAGAGUAGCGUCAAGCUACAGCUCCAGACCUAUAGGAGAAGGUGAUGGAAACUGGCCCUUAUUUGAGUUUGUGAUGCUACAAUAGGUAGAGGUGUGAAGGGGCAGUAGGCUGUACCAAUUUGAGGAUUAAGCAAGGUGUUGAUGACUGACAGGGCAGCUACCUUGUUAUUCUGAUCAAUGCCCUUGAGGCCAUGCUCAUUAUUUAAUUGUCACUACCAUUUUCACUCUGCUGUUACUCUUGCCCCCUUUGUGUGUUGUAAUAGUCAAGUGAAGUUACCUUCCAGUUGUGCUUGAAGUUUAUUUAGCAUGAGGAGUAGGGGUGGUAGCAUCUCCACUCUAAAUAAAGUCCUGCUGUUCUGCAGCAGGAGUCCCCAUAGAAUUAUUUUAGUCUAUUCCACAGUUAGUAAGAAGCUAGUCUGUGGAAAUGUGAGUUCCUCAGAGUACCGUGGGGGGAAGGGAAUGAUCUCCUACCGGUCUCUGCCCGAGUGACAGGAAACUCAUGACCAAACUGAGAGGGUAAGGAGUACGUUCCAUUGAUAAGUAAAGCAUAAAUCAGAACUUUAUUCAAAGAUAUCCUUUUUUUUGGUUUAUGUAGAGCAGGGGUUCUCAAACUGGGGGUCAGGACCCUUUAGGGGGUUGUGAGAUUAUUAUGCAGGGCGGGUCACAAGCUGUCAGCCUCCACCCAAACCCCGCUUUGCCUCCAGCAUUUAUAAUGGUGUUAAAUAUAUUAAAAAGUGUUUUUAAUUUACAAGGGGGGGGGGUCACACUCAGAGGCUUGCUAUCUGAAAGGGAUCACCAGUACAAAAGUUUGAGAAUCACUGGUGUAGGGGCACACAACUUCAUAUAUGCUGCUUUUGCCCAUCGUUGACUAUGCCUACAGGAAGAGGAGAUGGGGUUUGAUCUGCGUGCCACUUAGUCACUGUAACAUGAAGGAAUCUCAGAUAGCCCAACAGCCAUGAAAAGAAAGUGGUGGGUCUGGGUUAUGAAGUGUCUGAUGAGAAAGAGAUAAACUAGCAGCAUGUUCAAUUAAUGCAGUUGGGUGACCAGUAUCUGAAGACCAGGGAUCCCAGAAUGCCAGAGCUACUUUUUUAUUACCAUUGUUUGUUAUGCAUCAGACUCUACAUAAAAGGAAGGGUCUGAUGCAUAUCAGUACAGCAAAAGGACACAUUUCAGAUUAUUUACAAAGAGAAGACCAGCAGAAAUUUCUUGGAAUAUUCUUCCAGCCAUUCACAGCUUGGGGGAAAUUCUGGAUUGGACAUCAACUUGAAUUGACCCAGUGUGUGUUUAUAUAAACAACCUCUCUCUCCUCCCUCCACCUUACCCCCUCAAUCUAUGCAUGUUCUAUAUAUUGUCUCAGGCCAACAUGACAUCAUCUUAUGUUUGGCUGUGAGUUCAAAGGAUGGUCAGUCUGGUAGCUGGCUGGUCUGAUCAAAUAUUCCCAAACCCAUUAUUGCUCCUACAAUGGCCCUGUUAAAAGCAACUUUCCAUUUUGUGCCUGCAGUUUUGUAAGUGCAAGUGUAAUCACUUAGAUGUCAAACUGUUUGGUUGCAAAUAACUUUGGUGAUACCUUCGAAUUUGCAGGCACAAAAUGGGGAGCUGAAUAGAAGUUCCUUUCAAAAUCAGGUUCAUACAGUAUAUUGCCUCACACACAAGUGGAUCUAACUGCCCUUGGAUAUUGUUACUUAACUAUAGGCUUGUUCCAGUUUUAAAGCGAUCCUGUGGGAAAGGAAACGCCACAUGGUUAUUUCAGUAGUUAGUUGUUUUAGAUUUCUAUGCUUUUAAGUAAAUAUACAUGGUACCUUGGGGAUUCCUUUAUUUGGAUUUUCAAAGGAACCAGGCACUCAGUUCCCAUAGAAAUGAAGUGGCACAUCAGAGCCUAAUUUCCUUGGGCACCUUUGCAGAUUCCCAGCCUAGAAGUGUGUCCUGUUCACAUUGAAACUAGCAUAGAACUUGUCAUCUCCACUUCACAGUUAACAACUAGAAUUGUUCAUGGGACACAUGAUAUGGAUAGAGGCUCCCAUCUGAUCAUAUACUUUGACCCCACCCCAUCCCCAAAAUUUGUUUUCUCUUCAAGGGCACAAACGCUGUGUUUUCUUUUUCCUAUAAUGUCAGGAGGAAAAAAGCCUCUAUUAUCCAUUUGUUGCUACCUAAAGCAGUAACCAAGAAUUUGGCAUCUCUGAUCAGACAUUUAAUUAAUGUAAUAAAACACUAUGCACCACUAAAGUGGCUUUCUUUAAAAUGUCAGCUCAUUAAGUUAGAAGACUAGCAAUCAAGUGAUAUUGUUUUCAUUCCUGUGUCCAGAAAUAGACUUACUACAAGGAUUAGCUAGUCAUCUUUUAAAGACCAUUCAAAAUAAGGAUGUGUUUAGAUGACUUUACAGUCCAUUCUCAAAGGGCCUGUUAGGAAGAAUUUCAAUAAAGUAAAGCCUGGGGUGAAAGAAUGUGUUCAAGGGCACUCUUUAUAACAAAUACAUUUAUAUUUACCAUUGUGUGUGCAUCUUAUCUGCUGAGGGUCAUAUUCUGGUCUCAUUUACCCAAGUGCUAUACCAUUGAGCUAAAGGGCAUUGCACAGGGUGUAAAUCACAGGACUAGAAGGUUCCCCCCCCCCAACUGUUUUACUUUCCAGGGGUGAAACUCACCCUUUUUGUGGGAAAGGGAGAUAGGAACCCCCUUGCAGUGACCAUUGCAGGUUAUGGGCUAGGAUAGUGACCAGUGCCUUUGUUCUUUUCAGCGUGAGGGCUGCUGAAUCCACAUAGUCCAGUCAAGCCCUUCUUCUGAUUUGCCACCAAUACACUCCUCUGUGCCAGUUUAUUUGGCAUCAGUAGGAGCCCAUCAUGCAGCAUCCACUCAGCCUGCCUACCCACUCUGUGCAGGACUACUGCAGGAAGUGGGGAAUCACCAGCUCAGAGGGCUUUGUGCUACCCUUUCAAGGGGAUACAAAUGCCACGCUUACAGAGUUUCAACGUGCCUAAUCUUGUAUGUGUAGCUUUGUAAUGGGGUUCACUCACUGCUAGGGUGCCUCCUCCGGGCCAUUCAGGUGAUUAGCUCCAUCCACAUCUGAUGCCCCAUGGUUUGCUCUCACCGUGGCCCCUCCUACCCUCUGGGACUCAGCAUAUCCCCUCUGCAUGACUUGGCCCAGGUCACUAUAUGUUUCCCCUUCCAGAAUACCAAAGUCUCUCCAGAUCAACUGUCCAGUUGCCAUCCCAAGCCAUCCUUUAAUUCAAGACAAUGCUACUUUCCUCAGUGAGCAGGUAGGGGACCCAGGCCUGCCCAUUACUCCAGAUUCCAGCACAGGGUCUCUGUUCAGCAACUAUGGUCCACUUACCCCAGACCUCAUUGCUAUUUCCCUGCUCUUCUUCCUACUUUUCUUCCCUCGCUCUACCCCCCCGGUUAUCAGUAGAGCUCCCUCUGCUAUUUCACCCCUUUCAGUUUCUUGCCAAUCUAUAAUCCAAACACACUUUCCUCCUCCCAGGAAGUGACUGUAGACUACUCCUCCUACAACCCAUUCUGUUCUCAGCUUGCUGGCUUUGUAUCAGACCAGCCUAUACCUGCUCAGCUGAAAUUCAUCCUCUAAUAGGGAUUGCCUGGCCAGCCUAAUUCUCCCCCAGGUGCAGUCUACUAGGUUAAUUAGCCCCUUCCCAGCCACCUUAACUCUCCCAGGUGACGUGUGGCAUGAACACUCCAUCACAAGCUUAUACAUACAGCUUUGCAAUGCACCUUAAUGCCAACUUUCAACUGGGUGAUUCCCGAGCAUAUUCAUCCAUUUGUGCCAGACGGUGGUGACUUUGUGGUAUAUGCAAAUGCCCACUGGAAACCAGAGUGGGACCAACACAUUUAUGUCACUAAUGGUCAAGCUACUAUGUUACUGAAUCUAUUGCAGCCAUUUCUUAUAACCAGUGAUCUGUCUCAUCAUGAAAAAUAUUCAUUAAUGUCAUUCCCAAGUGUUUCUAGCUAUCAAUAUUUGAUGGGAGAUUUGAAACAAGGGUUCUUCUAUAAUCUCUAUCACUUCCCUUGGGAUCCAUUGUAAUAAAAACAAUCAGGCUAACAAUUUUUUUUUUUGCAUUCAGGUGCGUUCUCCAUUGUGUAGCCAAAUGUUUCCAAAAGUGAAUCUGCUCACAUACAAUAAUGUGUAAGGAGUGGGGAACAAGUGAGGACAAAUGUGAAAAAACACAAGUAGUUUCUUUUUCCCCUCCCUCCCUUUCAUCCUAUUGGAUGGUGGCUGUAGAGCUGAGUCUACUUCCUAUUCUAAAAUCCAUUACUUAGAAAUACUACACAUUGCAUUUUGACUGUCAGGCUAACUAAUGUCUGAUGGCUUCUGCUUUGCAAUCGUUCAGGGUAAGCAGAUACCCACAUGUGUGAGAGACAGGUCAGCCUACAGUUUGAAAGUACAGAAUGGAAGCCAGAUAUGGUCAGCCUAAGAGCAAGUUGACUUUUUGUUGCUAUUACUACCAGCUGCUCAUGAGAUCUCUGAUUAACUAGCCUAAGAAAGUCAAAGAAUGGGGAACAAAACUGCGAAUUAUGCAGAACUAUAGUGUCUAGCCAAACGAUAGUACCAGCACCCUCUGCAGUGCUAUAAAGCAUGUAGCCUGCCUGAAAUUGAACAUCCAAAGUACAAAUGAACCCCACAGAUUUGAGUGAGAAGAGUGUUCACUAUUUGCAAUGGAAUUAAGACUGUAUAAAGGGAUGGUUAUCUUGGGUAUGGGGAACUUUUUCAUAUACUGUGAUGGCUCAGAAGAUUAUUGUGAGACUGCAUGACACUAUCAAUACUUCUCAGAAAUAACUGCAAUGUAUUUCCUGUAACUAGAACAAACAAGGCCCUACAGAACUAACAAGAGGAUCUGCCAAAGAGGAUGCACCUAUUGAAAUGGGAAAAGAAAUCUGUUGGCCUAGUCCAGGGGUUGCUCUCCCUGCUCUCUCACUGGAGAGAAUACAGCUCUCCAGUACUUUCUAUCAUGGGCCCAGGGCAGUACUGAAAAUAUUCACAAGAACAAUCCAGUCCAUACAGUAGUUGACAGGUUGUCCUACCAUCAGCUUUGCCAAAAAGUAGCAAAGACAAGGCAGCUGUGUUGCAUUCUGAUGCACCCCAAACAGUAGCCCCAAACACCAGGAAAUCAAAGCAAGACACACAGGUAGGUGGUCAAACCCUAAACCAGUUAAGUCAGCAACAGUCCAAAUGGCAGGUAUGUAGCAGCAGGCUCAGCGUAACUGCACACACGCAACGCUAUGUGUACAUACACACAUGCGCGCACACUCCCACACACAGAACAGGAAAUGGAACACUGAAUUCAGGGAGCGGGAACCAGGAAACAAACAGAAACAAGGAGCAGGAAGCAAUAAGCAGGAAGGCAACACAGACCGGUCAUCAGCAUCAGUACUGAAAAUGGUCAUUUGAACAAUGCAACCCGUACCAUAGCUGACAGAUUGCCCUAUCACUGGCUGUUAUCACAUGCCAAGAAGUAGCACAGGCAGCUGUCAGGCCCUGCCUAAUGAUGAAAUAAUAGUGUUUACCCCCCAAAGUAUGGAAAGCUCUGGAAGAGUUACACUGGGGCAGGGAAGCAAACAGGCAAUGGCUGAAUGCAGCCACGUAUGUAGAGAGGAGGCAGCAGCACCAUUAGAACAGUUUCAAGUCAGAGCAACUAUCUGUGAGAGCUGUGCAGCUCAUGUAUCAAAUAAAAUGUGGCCACCUCUGUCCUAGUCUUUGUAGGGAACUUUAAAAGGAUCAAAAUAGUUCACUAGGUAGUUCUUUGUGAGUGCUGAACUCUAAAAACAACAUAGCAACCUUGCAUAUUAUCAUGCUUCUGCAUCUUCUGCUCUUACACACUGGUACAGCAAGCAGAUAGGAGGAAGGAGGCAGAAGGAAGGUAAACAGACCUACGUACAAUAUUGUAUUGCUUUGGCAAGAAUGGCUCAUUCUUGUAACUGCUAUACAGAGCAAGGUGUUCUCCAUCUGUGUAUCUCAGAUUGUUUCAGUGCCGCUUGAUGUAAGCUUUCCUUGAAUUUAUAUAAUUCACAUGGUGUUCUCUCCAGGGUUCCUCAGACCUGGAAAAGUGAUUGUGUUAUUCGUAACGUGUUGUGCACAUUUUCUUUUUUGUACUUAAAACUUUGAUUAAAAAUACUCAUAGAAAUGUA